AUGGCCAGAUCAUGUCACAUGCAGCCUUUGUGCCAUUGGGCCUGCCAUGAGCAUGACAUGCAAACGGCCAAGGCAAGCCUCACAGCUCAAGAGGUGCUGCUGAAGCAAAUAGGUGCCGGGAGUUGCUCAAGGAUCAUGAGCCUCGGGCUGGACAGAAGGUGUUUGGAUGGCGGCAAUUUGCGUGUUGAGCCGAGGUCGCGGGUGCAGAAGCAUCAUGGAUGGCAGGUCCUCGUGGCAGCAGCUCUUCUUUGCAUCAAUGUGGCUGGGAGUUCGCACAGCUUUGUGUCAGGCACUACAUGGGCUGCAAUGUUGAGACCUACCCCGUUGAGAUGCAGAGCCACCAACGAGGAUGGGGAUGCUGAAGUCGGACCUGCGAAAGGCUAUCCGCAUACCUGUACCUUGGUAUACUUGCAUGGCUAUUGUCGAUGUGGCUCCGAGUACCUUCCUGGUGGCCCGCUGAGCUUUUGCAUGCCUUGGGUGCCUGGCGGAGAUCGAGCACGAGGACUUCGCGUCGUGUUGCCCACCGCGCAGUACUUGCGGCAGCCGUGGGGUGAGAGUGCCACCUCAUGGUAUGGCUAUGCCUCUCCGAACCACAAUCGUGUAGGUGAUCCGAAUUCAUUGCGCGCGACACGAGAGAAGUUAGAUUGCCUUCUUCAUGAAGAAGUCAGCAGAUUAGGUGAUGGCCGCUACGUGUUCCUUGGUGGUGCCUCUCAAGGCUGCACCACAGCACUAGAUGCCUACAUCCGGCUUGCUGUCGACUUGAAACUGGGCGGCUUUGUGGGUAGCAUUGGUUUUGUGCCAACGGACUCCAAAGGUUUCUAUGGUGCGGACCGAGCACUUCGAACUCUGAUGGCAGAUGAGCAGCAGGCUGCACAGCCGGUUUGGCUGCAAUGUGCAAUGGAUGACUUUGUAGCGGUGCCCUGGAGGAGUGUCGUGGAGCCCUCCUUGCGGCGGGCCUCGAGGCUGCCAGGCUUGCAGCUGCGCCAGGUGGCUGGACGAGGUCAUGGGAUAGAAGACUGGGAGGCCCACAUUGUCAACGACCUCUUGCGCGCCCACGCGCCGUAUGCCUACACCCGUGAAGUGGCCUCUUUGGUCUCCUUAGACGGCUUGGCUGAAUACCUCGUGGAUGCGCUGGAAAACGGAGUGGCUAGUCCAAAGCCUGAGCGACUUGCAAGGCUGGGGUGGGCACCAGCGGCCACGGCAUUGCUGAGCAAGACACCUAGCGGAGGUGCAGUGGAACUGGGCGGGGGCUCCGGUGCCGGCUUUCAGGUAAUCUGCGAGGACCGCGGCAUCGCCACAUUGGGUGGCGGUGGAGGUGGUGGGGCGUUUGGUUGGAUGCAACCACACGUAGAUGGAUACCUAGGUGCCCGCAGAUUAGCGAAGAAUGAGACAGUUGGAGGUGGCGCUGGCGGUGGCAUGCAGCUCUUCUUCCCGGCGAAUGUGACCGCACGACCUUGGGAGGCGGACCACUGGAUCUCCUGGGGAUCCGGUGGUGGCCAUGGAUGCGGCUCGUGCAAAGCUGGUGACACCUUCUGUGAGGAGUCCCCCUUGCGAAUCACUUGUGGUGCCAAGAUGGAUGAUACUGGUGCCAUCGGGCAAGCAGAAGGCUAUCAGGCGAUCAAGAACUGGCGUGUGGGAGUUUUGCGUGCCUGCUACGAUGCUGGGCGAUUGGCCGUCAUCGGUGGUGGAGGUGGGGGGGCUGGAGGUGCACGCUGCUGUGCUUCCAUCCCCAGGCUGAAGUACGGCUUUGGCUUCCGGGCGGAGCUACGCCCGCGAGGUCGUGGUGCAGCCGCGCCGGGCAUGGAGGACACGCAGUGUUGCCCUGAUCUGGCUGGCUGGAACAGUACGACGAGCACCACAAAGCUUGGGAGUCAGUUGGCACAGGGAAUAGCGACGACCUGGAACCGACGGCUGUCAGUCGCCUUCGGUGGCUUGGGCGGACAGGCUCUUCCCGACGAGCUGGCACCCAUGGUGGAUCCGUUUGCCCGCGAGAAUACUGGCCAUCAACCACCUGGACAUGCAAAUCGACGGCCCUUGCUGGAGGAGCUCAUGAAGCAGCAUGAUAAACGGCUAGGCGUCAACCGCUCUGUGCUCCGAGCGCAUGCAGCUGGAGAGGAGGUUUGUGAGCUGCCUGAUUGGCUGAAUAUGACACAGCUGACUGCCUUGAACUCUCGUCAAGGCGAGGCCUCCUUGGACGGAUCUGGUACCAAGGAGCCUGAAGUCGCAUUGAAGUAUAUAUUCAAGUUUAAUCCGCUGCAAGGAUACCUCGCAGAUGGCGCCUCUCGCUGUGGGGGCUGGAGCGACUGGUGCUGUGUUUGCCACGCAGCUCAAUGGCAGAUUGCUUGCCUUCCGCAGACCGAGAAGGAUGCAGUCGAUUGGUUUCUCACAGAGGACUGCUGCGAGUCUAAAAUGCGAAAGGACACCAGCAGCCCUGGCUAUGUGGCCGAUGCCACCCCGCUGCGGGAUUCUGUGGUGAUGUGGCGACCCAACGUGGGCUGGAUCGAACUGCCUCGGAGCAUGAACGCGAGUGACAGCUACCAUUGGAUGGCAGAGUAUGGCGAUGAAAGCUCGUGUCCACAGUUUGCUCCUACCGAGCUGUGGAUGUCGCCUCCACUAGCUUCAGUGGCUUCGGCAGGGAGUCCAUCCGUGCAGCGUGAUCUGCAUCCUCCGGGGUCAGCCUUGCUCAGAGCAUCACCCCUUGCAUUGGUUGGAUAUUCUGCCCAGGCUGCCAUUGUGGUCGUCCUUUUCUUUUUGGCACGGCUUGUUAAGGGCGUUCGGCCGCCCGGAGACCAGGAGGAGAGAUACAUUCAGCUCAUUGAGGUUUGA